AUGAUUUUUUACGUAUGUAAACAUGCAUUUUUCGAUUUCAAUGCUAUAUCAGUGCAAGUGUUGAAAGAAAGUAUAUUCAUGAAAAAACCAAAAAUGCAUUCUCAAAGUACAUUUUCGAUAACGCUUACUUUGAUUUUUUUAUUGAUGGCUGGACAAAUUUCAAUUCAUGGAGAAAGAAAUGUAAAAGAAACGAAUGUCAAACCUCUCACGUUUGAAGAUAAUAUCUGUUCCCUUUAUGAUAACUCUAAAGUUAUUGAUUCUGUGCUUUUUAGAAAAAAUUACAAACCGUUGGUAAUAAUUAUAGCAGAUAAGAUAAGUGAUGGUAUAAACAGAGUUACAAAUUUCAGUGAGAGAAAAAGAAUAUUAAAUGAUAAUAGAAUCAAGCACAACCCUUAUUACAGUCAGUUACAUAAAGCAUUGAAAAAUAUCCAUCUAUACCAAGCCAACGAUACCUAUUAUUUCGUUUAUCCAGUAAACAUUCAAUACCAUUUUUUGACCGUAUAUUCUCAAAGAAAACUAUUAAGUGACAAUUCAGGAAUUACCUUCGAUUUUGUUAAUGUAAAAAAACAGUUUCCAUUCUUUGAAGAUAUUUUAAUUCCAUUGGAACCAAGCUGCACCAAUUGCACUCUUGCAAGAUAUAUAGGCGAAAAGCUACAAAAAGGUGAAAGCUUCUCGGAAUUAUUCGAGUUACGUAAACAAUUAUUCAGAGAAAAAGAAACAAAAAACUUAUCUUUUCAAGCAUUAAAUAAUUUUGACAACAUUUGUACUUGGAUGGGAUUCAACGUUAAUUCUCAAAGUGCGAGUUCUUUAAUGCGUUUUAACUCAUUACUAAACCAAAUUAAAAGCAAUAGCAAGAGAUUAGAAAAAAAUAAAAAAAGAAGAACUGUUAAAAGAAACUUAAUUUGCUUUCAAUCAAGACAUCUGGAAGUGACAGAACUUUUAGGAUAUGGUAGCGAUUUAAAAGAUGUUAUGGUUAUGAUUGAUUAUUUGAAUUGGAUAAAUAACACUGUAUCUUCAUUGAAAAAAAAUGAUAUUUCAUUUGUCGAUUUUUGUGAAAAUGAACACAAAAUAGACAUAUUUAAAUUAUUUUGUUUUGUGAAUGGAAUAUCAGGUAUUAUGCCUUACAAAAUAACAGAGUGGAUACAAGUCCUAAAAAAACGUGUUGCAGAAUCAUUGAUAAGCAAACUACAUUGGUUUAACAGCGUAAUAUUUUUGUAUAAUAACGAAUAUUCCUUAAGAAACGAUUACAUUUUUUCCUCACUUGAUGAUCUUAAACGGAAAAUGCUACAUUUAGGAGACAAUUGCAGAAAUGUAAUGAAUAUUAUCUAUAAUAUUGUUAAGCAUUCUUUGAGUGUAAACAAUAAUAACAACUACAUACCUAUGGACAGUACAAUCUGUACUAUUUACGAACAUUGGAAAACAAUCGAUGAUCUACUUUUUGAUGUGAAAUUUAAGAGAUUAGUGAUAAUCGUCGUAGAUGACAUGAAACAAGGGAUUACAACUGUUAACAAAAUAACAACUAGUAGAGUAGUACCAAAAGUAAGGCGAGAAGAUCUUCAUUAUUCCGAACAGUUCCUGUACGAUGUGAUUAUGAAAAAUAUUUAUUUGGUUCAAUCCAAUGAUACUCAUUAUUACGUCUACCCAACCACUAUCAACAGACAAGAAAACCCAUUAAUUGGCUAUUUCGAAUACAAAAUGAUUAAAGAUUAUUCAAAUGUUUUUUUUUAUUUUGUAAACUCUACGAAUUAUUUUUUUCUUAAUGAAUCAAGUUGUUUUGAUGACUAUGAUUCGUUAAUUCAUGCGCUACUCGAUUAUCGUGACAUUUCCUCAGGAAACAUACAGACGCGCUUUAUAAAUCCCGCAUAUUUAAUUAAAGUUCAUCAAGAUUUUUUUAACCGCUUUCCAAAAUAUUUUUCUACAUAUACUUCCGUUAACAAUGAUUUGACACAAUCUGUGAAUAAUUACGAUCAACAUUCUAGAAGCAAUUGUAACAUUACAUAUUUUCAGGAAUUUCGUAACUUUUUGAAACAACAAUAUAUUUCUUUUGGCAUAAAAUAUAUAUUUAAAAGUUCGAAGUGCUCAUCGUCGUUGAAAUUAAAUAAAAGAACCGAUAUUGAUUUUCAAAUGACUGAAUAUAGCGAUGUUCUUAAAUUUUCCAAUUUAGUAAAAUCUACUUAUGAAAACAUAAAAUUAACAAAUGACACAAACAAUAAUUAUUUGAAAAUUCUUUGUAAUAAAAAAGAAAUUUUUAAAUUUCUUAAAUUCGUUUGCUUUUUAAAAUUUAAUUACAUUGACGACAUGCUCGAAGUUAUUGAUCAAGAAUCUGAUUACGUUCGCAAUGUAACUAGAAUUAUUGAUAUGGAUAAAAAAUUAAGUAUUACGACAUAUUUGACAGAUACGAUGGAUUGGAUAGAUAAUUUAUCCUUGAUGAAUUUAAUAAGUUAUAAUAAUAUUCGAGUAUUUAAAAAUUUAAAAGAUCUUUACUCAAAAAUACCGAAAAUUACCUUCAAUGGUACUGAUUUGUCUAACAAAAUCUUUUCGAUUGUUAAAAGCAAUACAAUUUUUUUGCAAUGCAAAAAAUUAGGAUUUGUUGAUACUGAAGAAAUGAGGGUAAAUGUUGAGUAUGCGUCAACAGAAAAUCCUUUAAUUUUAAGUGAAAAUAAAACUCCUCCUAAAUUUCAUGAAACGGUUCGUAAUAAAGCGCAAAGAAAAAAAUUGUGUCUUGUACCCACUUAACAUAAUUUGUAAAUUUGUUUGUAAAUUUUGUAAAUUUGUAAAUUUGUAAAUUUGUAAAGUUACAAGUAGCAAAACGUCACUCCACAAAAUGUAAUGUAAUAAUAAAAUGAAUGAUAAAUAAUAAACAUAAUGUUGCG